AACAAAGAAAAUAAGCAUUUAUUCUCUUGACCAUCUCUUAUCCUAAAGUAUUUCACAUUUUUAAAAAUAUUACAUGGAAACUAAUUCUUCAGGCACAGUAAAAUCUGGAAGUUAGGAGAGGGAGCGUGAACAGCUAGCUCUCUGAAGACUGGAAGGUCCCUCGCGUCCUUACCCAGCGCUCCAGGGCGCUCGAGAUGUCUCCCCGGCUUUGGCUGAGGCGGCCCCGGAUUCAGAGAGACGCCGCCUUUGCCCUGCUUGGAGCAGAAACCACUGUAGGUCCUCCUGUGAGGGUCUUGAGGAGUUCACUCUACUCUUCUCAAUAAUACGAGCACCCUGCACUCAUCCCCACCCCUGGAGUUGCGCUGUAGGGACAGGGACGCGCGAGUCCUGUGGCAUUUGGAGCCCUCGGACGGGACACAUAAAGCCCGAGAAGCAACCAUGUAGACUGACUGGGGCGGAGGGGCAAGGGGCCUCCGGAGGGGAAGGAUCGGUGGAUUCGGCCCUUCAACCUGAAAGGCACCCGGGGAUAUCUGCUCCUCCUGGGCUUAAGGUGUCUCUGAAGCUCCGGCCAGGAAUGAGACUACCAUGUUUUGAAGGAUUUCUGAAGUGGUAAAUCAGAGAUUGGGGAGGAGUGUGGGAUGUCGGAGAAACUCGACCCUUGCCAUCCCUUGUAGGCGCCUGCGAUGCCAAGGCAGGCAUCGAAGACGGCAAUUUCCCCGAAAGAGAAACAGAGCGAAGGGGAGAAACCCCAGCGCUUUAACCUCGGAGUGCCGCGAGGGGCAAGGGCCCCCAGAAGCUCGCGGGUGGGAAUCCCAGAGCCCGCGGUAGCUCCAUGCGCUCAGUUCGCCCACCCGCCAAGCUGCGGCUAGGGCCGGGAAGUUCUGGCGCGAAACCGCAGGCCCCGCCCGAGGAUCUGCGCGGGGCGCGGCCCCCGGGCGCAGCGGCUGCCACUCCCAGCUCUUCGCCCCGCGGGGAGCGCGCCGCUGCCCACCGCCUCCAAUCAUGACUCUGCGUGGAGCGCUUUAAAUAUGCAUAGGCGCGUCACGUUGUGCGAGUCGGGAUCCGUCCGUAGGGAGGGAGCCAAUAUCUCUAUAAAUGUGUCCAGAGUGGGCCGAGAAGGGUUAAAAGACUGCAGGAGAGAGAGAGGUGGGGCGGGGGUCUACAGCCCCGGUGAUCGGAGCCCUGGUUGGCAACACCGGUGAGUUGCUCCUCUCUUUGCCCUCCCUCGCUGUUUCUAUCAAAGGAGUGCUGACCCGGGGAGGAGGUGGGAGGUGCCCGCGGAUGCCCGGUGUGAGCGGUCCUGAGGUUGCCAGGACCCCCCGCAAGGGACUGGCAUUUUGGCCUGGAAGCCGUCGGACUCCGGGGAAAGUCCUGAGUGCGCCGGCCUAGAGGAAGGCACGUUCCCUAAGGGUGCGUGGUCACUGCCGCCUUCCACCGCCAAUCUGCUUUUAGAGCGAAGUCCUUGUCCGAGGUUAUAAAUCUCGGUUUUGGCCUCCAAGCCCCAGGCCUUUCCUGCCCAGAACAGGUGACUCUGCCCGCUGCCGGCGCCCCAAAUCUCGCGCCUCCUGCGCUCCGAGGGACCUGACCCCCCCGCAGCCUCGCCAUGUUGCCCUGGGGACUGAGCUGCCUGUCGGUCCUGGGGGCGGCGGGCACCGCUCUCCUGUGCGCCGGCCUGCUGCUCAGCCUGGCCCAGCACCUCUGGACCCUCCGCUGGACGCUGAGCCGGGACCGGGCCUCCGCCCUGCCCCUGCCCAAGGGCUCCAUGGGCUGGCCCUUCUUCGGUGAAACGCUGCACUGGUUAGUUCAGGGCUCGCGCUUCCACAGCUCCCGCCGGGAGCGCUACGGGACAGUGUUCAAGACGCACCUGCUGGGCAGGCCGGUGAUCCGCGUGAGCGGCGCCGAGAACGUGCGCACGAUCCUGCUGGGCGAGCACCGCCUCGUGCGCAGCCAGUGGCCGCAGAGCGCGCACAUCCUCCUGGGCUCUCACACACUGCUUGGCGCGGUCGGCGAGCCGCACCGGCAGCGGCGCAAGGUCCUGGCGCGAGUGUUUAGCCGCGCGGCGCUGGAGCGCUACGUGCCCCGCCUGCAGGGUGCGCUGCGGCGCGAGGUGCGCUCCUGGUGCGCGGCCCGCGGGCCGGUCGCCGUCUACGAGGCCGCGAAAGCCCUCACCUUUCGCAUGGCCGCGCGCAUCCUGCUGGGGCUACGGCUGGACGAGGCGCAGUGCGCGCAGCUGGCCCAGACCUUCGAGCAGUUCGUGGAGAACCUCUUCUCGCUGCCCCUGGACGUGCCUUUCAGCGGCUUGCGCAAGGGCAUCCGGGCGCGGGACCAGCUGCAUCGGCACCUGGAGGAGGCCAUUGCAGAGAAGCUUCAUGAAGACAGGGCUGCAGAGCCAGGCGACGCCCUGGAAGUGAUUAUCCACAGCACUAGGGAGCUGGGCCGGGAGCUCUCAGUGCAGGAGCUGAAGGAGUCGGCCGUGGAGCUCCUCUUCGCCGCCUUCUUCACCACGGCCAGCGCCAGCACGUCCCUCGUCCUGCUGCUGCUGCAGCACCCGGCGGCCAUCGCCAGGAUCCGGCAGGAGCUGGCGGCGCAGGGGCUGGGGCGCGCGUGUGGCUGUGCGCCGGGGGCGGCGGGGGGCGGCGCGGGGCCCCGGCCCGACUGCGGCUGCCAGCCCGACCUCAGCCUCGCGGCGCUGGGCCGUCUGCGCUACGUCGACUGCGUGGUCAAAGAGGUGCUGCGCCUCCUGCCGCCCGUGUCCGGGGGCUACCGCACCGCGCUGCGCACCUUUGAGCUCGACGGCUACCAGAUCCCCAAGGGCUGGAGCGUGAUGUAUAGCAUCCGAGACACGCACGAGACGGCCGCGGUGUACCGCAGCCCGCCUGAGGGCUUCGACCCGGAGCGCUUUGGUGCGGCGGGCGAGGAUGCGAGGGGCGCCUCCGGCCGCUUCCAUUACAUCCCGUUCGGAGGCGGUGCGCGCAGCUGCCUCGGCCGGGAGCUGGCGCAGGCAGUGCUCCAACUGCUCGCCGUGGAGCUGGUGCGCACGGCGCGCUGGGAACUGGCCACGCCUGCCUUCCCCGCCAUGCAGACCGUGCCCAUCGUGCACCCGGUGGACGGGCUGCGGCUGUUUUUCCACCCGCUCGUACCUUCGGCAGCGCAAGAUGGGCUAUGCCUCUGACCGGCUGCGCGGCGGGACAGGACUUGGCCAGUGGCAGCGGCGCGUUCGCAGCGCCGCCCAUCUGCGCUUCCCCUGUGCCAGAUCCGGCGCUCUCUCACUCGUUCAACAAACGGUCACCGAAUGAGGCUCUGUGCCAGACUCCGAGGGAGGGGGAGCACGAGCCACUGCCAUGGCCAGAGAAGCUCCGCCGGGCCGGUGAAAAGAUGCCUCCUGCCCGCUCCGCGCCCUGGGGAAGGAAGGUCACGGGCCAAGCCUCUUAAGCCCUUCCCAGGAUCUCGAAGCAGGAAUGGAGGGAACAGAUCGCCACUAGGAGCUAAGGGGCCUCGCCUUCCCGCGCCAAACUCGGCAGGAUGCAUGGGACGUGGGGCUCCGGGGAGGACUGCGCCUCAUGGACCGUGCCAGAGACUCAGCGCACUCGGCCUGCAACCCGUGCGAGGAAACAGGGACGCCCGGAGCGCAUCCCUGGCCUGGCUCUGGGCCAUAGGAAGACACACUGAGAAGGUGCCCAGCGGAAGGCCCUCAGGCUGCUGGCGUCCGCUUGGUGCGCUGUGGCCACUCUGCCGGUCUUGGCUGAAACUGUGGGCGCUUCCAGGGCUCUAGAUGGCUCAACAUCACCGGAUUCUGCUGGAGACUUCUUAAAAGAAAAAUUCAUACUUCAGGAACGCGUUUAAUCUUCCCAUUUAUACAGGGGAGAAUAGGCACACCGAGAUGUCUCUAAGGCUGGCUUAUUUCCAUGGGAGGUUGAGACAUAAUCAGAGAGGUUUGAGAUAUUUGUACCCCAAACAAGAAGGCCAAGAAAUAAAGUUUCCCGGCAGCAGUUGAGCCAGGAGACUAAGGCUUAGCUGGGCAGCUGCUCCCUGGCAGGAAGUCAUGGGGUGGAGUGUGGGGGAGACCUGAGAAAGACUCCCCCCCAAGGACCCAUCCAAGUAUACCCAGAGAGUGGCUGGGCACUGGGGCAGCUGGAGGUCCAGGCUGCUGAAACUUCCUUCCUGAGUUAUCUUUGUGAUAGCUGGUUGCAGAGACGCUCCAGUUUACCUCUUCAGUCUCCUCUAUUAGAGGAGAAACUGAGGGGAAACUCACCUGAGGAGCCAGCAAUGGGCUCCUGGGCUGCAGUGUUCUCCGCCCCAUCACUUACCCUCCUGCUCCAGCCUCUCGGACUAUGGCCACCACCUAGGACUCAGCCCUUUCGUCCUUUCAUAGUGACCCCUAGGUUGGCCUUAAGGACUGUCUCUGGACCUUUCCAACACAGAGAUUCCCACCAGUGUUUAAAUCAAAGCCAAGAGUCUCCACUGUCAUCAUUCCCAAAAGACCACUUCAACCUGCCACCCAUCUUCAGACAUGCGGGGGCAGCUGGACAUGACGGGUGAGCCAGGGAAGUUGCCGCCCAGGCCCAAGCUGACCCCUUAGUGAACCAGAAGGAAGCUGGUGCCCUCCUGACCUUAUGCUUAAGGUGGAUCCCGGGGCCAGAAGGAAAGGGGGAAGUGGCAGGCACAGGCAGGGUCAGGAGCUCAAGAGCACUGCGGGCCCUUCCUAACUAGGCUGACACCGCCAUAACCCUCAUCUAAGGCAAUUCAUCACCGGCUGCUGACCGCAGGCCUGGCGCCCGCCAGGCCAUGGCCCCCAGAGACACCAGAGCAGGCAGAAGUGGCAGAGCUGGGACCUGCCCUCAGGGCGCUCCUGAGGCUGCAGAGACAACAGCCCCGCCUGAGAAGCUCCACCAGGAUGAGGCGGCUUGGGAUUGAUUCUGAUUUGGGGAGAGAAGAGAAAUAUGGGGAGGGGGCUUGCAGAAGUCCCAACGGUAUAGCUGGUUCCGGGAGACCUGGUUUACCUGCUGUGGGAUCUGGACCAACUAUGAGCCCCAGGAGGAGGGGCAGCUCCAGCUAUACUCUAAUUUCCCAUCCAUCCAUCAUUUUCAGUAAUUUCAUGGACUAUCUGAGCUCCUGUUUUAGUAGCUCCAGAUUCUCUGAGGAAGGAGCAGACGUGGUUCUUGCCCUCCUGGACUCGAUAUGCUCAGGAAGGAGGUAGACAAUGAAUAAACCAGCAGACAAAGGAGCAAGAACACAGUCCGAUGGUGAUAAGUGCUGUAGAGAAAAUAAAACAGGCCUGUAGUACAG